AUGUAUANGUUAAUUGGAUCUCGGAUGUGUGGAAGCACGGAAGUGGGAUACGAAAUAGUUCAUCCCAUACCUUUAUCCCUGGGCAAAAAGGAAUCGAACGGUUCGUACUCGGGAAUGAUUGGUCAAGUCGUGAAUAAGGUUGCAGAUAUGACGGGAAUACCAUCGGUAGUACAAAAGGAAUAUCCAGUGGAUUAUUCGACCAUUGUACUUAUCGAUCCCGUACGAUUCAUUGUCGCGGAAAGAAAAAUGGAAUCAGACUGGAAAACAGUCUCUCGACCCUUCUCUUUUCAGCUUUGGAUCGCAAUUGGCAUUUCGAUAGUUCUACUUGGAAUCAUCUUACCACAAAUAAUAAACUCUGGCAAAAAUAUAAAGAGAUGCAAGAAGUUUUGGUCAGUUGAGAAAACCAUUAUGUUUCUUCUAGCCACUUUCUCUCUGCAAGGAAGUAACUUGAAUUCCAUAAGAGAAAAUUCGUCAAGAAUAUCAAUCGGAGUUUGGUUAUUAUCAAUUUCUGUUUUAGGACUUAGUUAUGCCGGAAUAUUAAUUUCGUUUCUCACUGCGCCUAUAUACGAGCCGUUGCCAAGAACCAUUCAUGAGUUGGCUACUGCUGUCAAAAAUGGUGAAUAUUCUUGUGGAUCAUUACCAGAUGGUGUACCGAUGUUCCUACAGGUUAAUACAUUUCUGCCUUUUUAAUGUAAUAUUCGGUUUGUGUUUUGUAAGCUUUCACUAUGAAAUAGU